AUUGCCCACUCUUAGAACUUCCUCUCUCUCAGAGCUCUAGGGUUUGUAGCAGGAGGCGAACCAGGUAAACCAUCUGAACUCGGAAAACAUGGCUGCUCCGAUUGAGUCGGUUCAGUGUUUCGGCCGGAAGAAGACGGCGGUGGCAGUGACAUACUGCAAGCGUGGUAGGGGUUUGAUUAAGAUCAAUGGAUGCCCAAUUGAACUCGUGGAGCCGGAGAUCCUCCGUUUUAAGGCUUAUGAGCCUAUCCUCCUCCUUGGACGACACAGGUUCUCUGGAGUCGACAUGCGUAUCAGAGUGAAGGGUGGAGGUCACACGUCGCAGAUUUACGCCAUCCGUCAGAGCAUUGCGAAGGCCUUGGUCGCGUUCUACCAGAAGUAUGUGGAUGAGCAGAGCAAGAAGGAAAUCAAGGACAUCUUGGUCAGGUAUGACAGGACUUUGCUCGUCGCUGAUCCCCGACGCUGCGAGCCCAAGAAGUUUGGUGGUCGUGGAGCUCGUGCGAGGUUCCAGAAAUCUUACCGUUGAAUUAAAUAUGCAUUUUGGAAUAGACUUCGCGAUGCUGGUUUUUUGUUUCGGUUCUUUUUUUUAUGCUUUUGAAUUUACAAUCCUUUUUUGUGUUUAACCCUUUUAUCUGUUCUCUCAUUAAUUAGAUUUUGUCUCAAUGGUUUAGACUCUUUUGCUAUUAUAUUAUUCGGCAUUGGAAUGCUGUUAGUUAAUUGGAAGCCUGGAUUUAGAAGAGCAGUAUGAAUGAAUGUCCUUUCUGUUCUUUCUAA